UGUGUAGUUAGGAAAAAAAAAAUCACGGGGGCGUCUAUUUAACACGCCAAGUCAAGUCCACUCCCGUCUCAACAGAGUCCAAACAGAUUCAAUGGGCUUUUUUCAGCAGUCCACAAUCCAGCCAUAGAAGCAAAAUACCGCAUCCUUUAUUCCUUCCAUUCGGGCGGUUUGGUUUUGUUGCUUCCGCCAAAUCCCAGCGCAUUCCCCGAUUGAUUCUCCGUUUUCUUCCCCCCACCCGAUGCCGGAGUUCUAGCGCCCGCCGGCGGAUCCAUCUAUCCAGUUUCCCUUUUUGCAACUCCAUUUUCUCCGUCCCUUUUGCUAACUUCAGAUAAUUCAUCGAUUACCGCCGCAGAAGAAGAACAAAAGAAUUCACGAAAAGCUGGGGAGCUUCGGGAAGACAGGGAUCGAAAGGAAGAGAAUGGCGUUCCACAGGCGGCGCCACAACUAUUACAAUGGCCUCCGUUCUCUUCUCCCCUUGAUCUCCGCCGUCUCCGGAUUCCUCCUCAUCCUCCUCGCCGUCCUCUUGUUCCUCGCCCCUUCCCCGAACGAUUCCGGCGACAUGUACAACAAUCGCCUCCGCCACGCGACCGACGACGAUGAGGCCGAUACGGAGUCGGCGGCGGGAGUCAGCCAGCCCGUAUUCCGCGUGCCGGAUCGUGGUGGAGCAUUGGAUCGUGAUAUUUGGAGCUCGAGGAAUUCCAAGUUCUUCUAUGGCUGCAGCAACGCCAGCCAUAGUUUUCGGAAUGCUGACGCUAUUACGAAGCCAGAUCGAUAUUUGCUGAUCGCUACAAGUGGAGGUUUGAAUCAACAGAGGACCGGGAUUACAGAUGCGGUUGUUGCUGCUCGAAUUCUUAAUGCCACUCUUGUCGUGCCUAAGCUGGACCAGAAAUCAUUUUGGAAGGAUUCAAGUAAUUUUUCAGAGAUCUUCGAUGUUGAUUGGUUUAUCUCUUCACUAAAAAAUGAUGUCAAAAUAAUAAAAGAGUUACCAAGAAAGGGUGGGAAGACUUGGACUCCCCAUAACAUGCGUGUUGCAAGGAAGUGUAGUGAAAGGUGCUAUGAAACCCGUGUAUUACCUGCUCUUUUGAAAAGGCAUGCAAUUCAGUUAGGCAAGUUUGACUACAGGCUGGCAAAUAGGUUGGAUACACAGCUUCAGAAGUUGCGAUGCCGAGCUAACUACCAUGGUUUAAGGUUCACCGAGCCAAUUCGAAAAAUGGGUGAGAUGUUGGUCAACAGAAUGAGGUCGAGAAGCAAGCAUUAUAUUACAUUGCACCUUAGGUUUGAACCUGAUAUGUUGGCAUUCUCUGGCUGCUACUAUGGUGGAGGUGAUAGGGAAGAUAAAGACCUGAGUGCCAUACGGAAGAGGUGGAAAACCUUGCAUUCAAAGAACCCUGAGAAGGAAAGAAGGCAUGGGAAAUGCCCACUCACUCCACACGAAGUUGGUCUUAUGUUGAGGGCAUUGGGUUAUGGCAGUGAUGUCCACAUAUAUGUGGCCUCAGGAGAAGUUUACCGGGGGGAAGAGACAUUGGCCCCUCUAAAAGCACUCUUCCCCAACUUCUAUACAAAGGAUACUCUUGCAAGCCGCGAGGAGUUACAACCAUUCUCUUCAUUUUCCUCGAGGAUGGCUGCACUUGACUUCAUUGUUUGUGACGAAAGUGAUGUGUUUGUGACAAAUAAUAAUGGCAACAUGGCAAAAAUCUUAGCUGGGCGUAGGAGAUAUUUUGGACACAAGCCUACUAUUCGACCAAACGCUAAGAAGCUCUACCGCUUGUUCUUGAACCAGAACAACAUGACUUGGGAGGCAUUCGCUUCUAGAGUUCGCACGUACCAGAAGGGCUUCAUGGGCGAACCAAAAGAGGUUAGACCCGGCAGGGGAGAGUUUCACGAGAAUCCUCAUACCUGCAUAUGCGAGGAAACAGAAACAAAGACGAGAAAGGAAUUGCGGCCUAGAAAAUUAGGGAAAGGCUAUAAUAAUGCAACCUCUGGAGAAGAUUCCGAGAACCAAAACACAGAAAAUGACCCAGAUCCGCUCGAUCCAGAUACUGACGACGAUCAAGAUCUGGUGGAAGAGAUAGGAGUUUUCAACAACACAAGUAUGGAUUAUGAUGGAUUUAACUCCGAGGACCACGAGUUUGAGGACUUACUGUCUGACUGAAGCUGAACAGACUCUCUCAUCAUUUCCUGCAUAUAUGAAACCUAAUUUUUGCCUUCUGCCAAGAAAGAGAAAGCUCGCAAGGAGAGAUGGGUGAGAAAUGCUUGUUUCAGGGAGAAGUCUUGGCAGCUGUGCAAUUGAAGGAUAGCUGGUGGGUUAUGCCGAGCUUGGAUCAUCAUCAUCGGCCUUCCCUUUUCCUUGCCCUUGAAUCUUUCUAUCCUUCGCUCCCCGGUACCGUCUGACAUCAUUGGUUAUCAGAGGCUUGCAGGUGAGAAACUGAGUGUCUCUGAUGAAUCCUCUGCUAGCUCUUCUGAAAGUCGGUGCGAAGAUAGAGCAGGACAAUGUACUGGAUAGCCUUGCCUUUGACUAGUUAAGCUUCUUUCUUUGGCUAGGUAGGAUACAGAGGCUAGACGAAGAAAAGAAGGCCUGUAAUUUUUGUAACCUCCUUUUGAAACUUAUUGUUAACUUACCAGCAAAGCAUGCCCCUUGGAGAUGGGGGCAUAAAAUCCUAGGUUAGGGAGUUUGGUUGUUUAUGCCAACUUUUAGGAGACUGGAGUUAGGGUUUUAUACAGCUGUAGUUGAAUUUCAUUAUCUUGGAAGAGAUUGUACAAAGUAACAGAUAUAUUGUUUCAGUUUCUCUGGCAAGACCAUUCCUCAGUGUUCUAGCCCC